GGGGACUGGUCACCCCAUCCGACUCAGCGAUCUUCUCCAACCUCCCGGCCUCUCAUUAAGAAUUCACUGUACCAGUCUCGCGUUUCAGAUUCUCUCUCUCUCCAUGCUUCUCGCUCGCCAAUGAUGGUGUCCACCGCCUCCUAGUCAUUCCCCGUCCAAUCUCCACCAACCGGUAAGGCACGACACUCACUGUCACGCGCGCGCGCGCACUGUCAGAAGUCACAGAAGUCGGGUUCAAGGACGAGAAUGGGCCACCACCACCACCACCAAAAUGGCUCCGCCGACGGCGGCGUCUCCCAGCGCGUCAACAGCCCCCGCUUCUCCGGCCCCAUGACUCGCCGCGGCCACUCCUUCAAGCGCGCCUCCACCACCACCGCCGCCGCUCAAGCCAAGGACUCGACCAACGCCAGCAAUGGCAGCAGUACGAGCGCUCUCCACGAAGUCAUCGAUCUCCAAAUCAACUCGCCCAGAUCUGAAAAUGGGACCAUCCAUCAAGCGGCUGCUUUCGAUUUGGCCGUCGACAGGAAGCAGGCGUACUAUCGCUACUACAACCUCAGGGAAAGAGUGGGCCUGUUGAGGAAGCCGGUGGAGUAUGUUGUCGGGGACUUGGGAUCGAAGGAAAGGAAGAAGCUUGGGCACUUGAUGUUCCUGUUCUUUUGCGGGGUUUGCUUGUUUCUGGGUGUCUUCAAGAUUUGUGCAAAUGGGUGGUUCGGAUCUGCCAUCGAAAGAGCCGAAUCGAACGGGGUUCUCUAUGAUCAGUCAGCUGCUCUUCCAAAUCUGAUCAAUCGAAGGGCCUCUCCUGAUUAUGAUCGUAGGGAAGAAGGAAGUGAUGUUGAUAGAACUUUAAUGACGGUAGAAUAUGGUGACAAAAGCAUGGCGGAUUAUUCGGAGAUCUGGUCCAAGCCCAACAGUGAAAACUUCAACCAAUGCAUUGAUCAGCCAAGAAGUCAUAAAAAGCUUGAUGCAAAGACGAAUGGUUACAUUCUCAUUAAUGCAAAUGGUGGCUUGAAUCAAAUGAGAUUUGGGGUCAGAGUGCAGAUCUGUGAUAUGGCUGCCAUUGCUAAGGUCAUGAAGGCGACACUGGUCCUUCCUUCACUUGAUCACACAUCUUACUGGGCUGAUGAUAGUGGCUUCAAGGAUUUAUUUGAUUGGCGUUACUUCAUCAACACACUAAAGGAUGAUGUCCACAUAGUUGAGAGUUUACCUCCGGCUUAUGCAGACAUUGAACCUUUCAACAAAACACCGAUUUCUUGGUCGAAGGUCAGUUACUAUAAGGCAGAAGUCCUCCCACUACUGAAGGAGCACAAAGUGAUGUAUUUUACUCAUACCGAUUCUCGGCUUGCCAACAACGGCAUAUCCAAUUCUAUACAGAAGUUGAGAUGCCGUGUCAAUUACCGAGCAUUGAGAUAUUCAGCACCGGUCGAAGAACUUGGGCAAACCCUGGUUUCGAGAAUGCAACAAAACGAAGGUCCUUAUCUAGCUCUCCACUUGAGGUAUGAGAAAGAUAUGCUGGCAUUUACUGGCUGCAGUCACAGUUUGACAGCUGAGGAGGACGAGGAACUACGGUUGAUGAGAUAUGAAGUAAUUCAUUGGAAGGAGAAAGAGAUUAAUGGAACAGAGAGGAGGUUACUUGGCGGCUGUCCAUUGACUCCUAGGGAGACUUCACUUCUGCUAAAGGCUCUUGGAUUCCCGUCUAAUACCCACAUUUAUUUGGUGGCUGGUGAUGCUUAUGGAAAAGGAAGUAUGCAAUAUCUGAAGGACGAAUACCCCAACAUAUUUUCACAUUCGACUCUGGCAACAGAAGAAGAGCUUGCUCCUUUCAAGAAUCAUCAAAACAUGCUUGCUGGUCUAGAUUACAUUGUCGCCCUUCAGAGCAAUGUGUUUCUUUAUACUUAUGAUGGGAAUAUGGCGAAAGCAGUUCAAGGCCAUAGGCGGUUCGAGAAUUUCAAGAAGACGAUUAAUCCAGACAAGAUGAAUUUUGUUAAACUGGUUGAUGAACUAGAUGAAGGGAAGAUUUCUUGGAAGAAAUUCAGUUCCAUAGUGCAGAAACUUCACAGAGAUCGAACUGGAGCUCCGUAUUUGAGGGAGCCCGGGGAAUUCCCAAAACUAGAGGAAAGUUUUUAUGCAAAUCCGCUUCCUGGGUGCAUUUGCGAAUCGACAAACAGAAGGUAGUGAGGCUAAAAAGAGAAGUGUUUCCUGUUUCCAUGAUGCAAUUCUGGGUGCGUAAGAAAGAGAUGAACGCGUGCUUUGUCGAGGUUCAAGAAAUCUUCUCAGCCUAAGAUGCCACAGCUAAAUCGGAAAGUUCCUUAGCCUAGUGCUCUGGCUGGUAUUACAUUGGCGUCACUGAGCAGCUGAACUUAAAGGCCGCUCAAAGGGAUUCUGGUAAAUGUUCCAUUCAGAAGAAAAUUUACAGAAUACCAUUGAAAGAAAGAUUAUGAGCCCCUGGUGCCCAAAAAAGAAACAAAAAUAUGUGACUUUUCUGUUUAGGGGAUAUAACAUAAUCCCAUGAGGUUAAAUAAUAGUGAAUUCGUUUGUGUGGCAUAGAUGGCCUUGUAAUACUCAAAAUUACACAUAAUGAAAGAUCUCUGUUCUCUGUCUUU